AUGAAACCUGGCCUGGUUUCUGCCUCCUUGCUAGCCAUACUGUUGCCAGCUUUGGGGGCGUCGAACCAUUCUACAACAAACUCUACCGAGUCUCGGGGCUCGGAACACCAACAGCCGCCGCAGGGUGUCACAACUGGCUGGCAGGCCGAGCCUAAUGGCCGUGGAACUUUCUCCUUGAUCUUUUCCUGUGUUCUGACACUCACCCUCUGUGUCUGGUCGGCGCUGCACCUCAAUGUUCCCCCUCUAUAUCGACCGUUGCGGUGGCGCUUUAUCGAACAAGCCAAAUGGGUCCUCUACGGCGUGUUUGCCCCUGAAGUGGUUGUUGCCACAGCUGCCGCCCAGUUCAUUGUAGCUUCGUGGCUGAAGCGAGAGAUCCAAGCCGAUGCAAAGGCGCGGCAGGAGGACGGGGACGCCGAGAGUAAAUCCCGCGGCCAAAGCACUCACACCUGGGACAUGACGCAGUGUUUCUACGCUGCCAUGGGAGGUUUCGCUGCGAAUGUGCCUGGGGUUGAGAAGACGGUUACCGUCACACCUGAGGGCAUCCGAUUACUCUCGUUUCUUGGUCGGUUGCCGCAGAUUGACCAGCCUCAGAUCGAAGACAAGAGCAAGGCCGACUGGAUGGCCAAGAGCAUUAUCUGCAUCCAAGCCGGGUGGAUGGUAAUUCAGGUCCUGGGGAGGGCCAUCAAGCACUAUCCCAUCUCCUUGCUGGAGAUCAACACCUGUGGACAUGUUGCCUGCGCCUUGGUCAUCUAUCUCCUGUGGUGGAACAAGCCACUCGACGUUCAGGUGCCGACGUUCCUGAACGACGAAGACGAUAAGGACCUCCUCUGUCUGAUGCAUCUGUGUUCCAGCAUGAGCUCUGUCGACGGCAUCACGGAUAUUCGAUGUUUCAUUCAUGUAGCAAACGAUGACGAUGAGAGACUCUGCAAGCCGCCCACGGACAGGGAGAGCGUGGCCGGGGAAGGGACAGAAGCGACAAGGUCUCAACUCACAACGUAUCUCUCCAUCGGUUCCCCAGGCACCCGGAACCCGUCUCACUUCCUCGGCUUCCCUGAAGUGUGGUUAGGACCGGACCCGGGCCAAGGCACCGAAAACCCACACGCCGCAGCUAAGAACAAGGCAUUCCGUUACAACUUCGACCUCAACUCCCCGCCAAUCUCCGCGAGCUGCUCUACCUACAACACUCCCCCCUACACCGGCAUGAGCCUGCGGCACAGCCGAUACUGCCGACGCGUCUUCCCAGACGCCUCCAAGUCCACUUCCACCCCCGGCUCCUUAAACCCAAGCACCACCGCAGAACAACAACCCGGCCCUAAUCAACCGCGGCUCUCGACAUCAACCCUCCAAGCAGCCUCGCGCGCGACAGACCGCCUUCGCGCUGCAUGCACAUCACGUCCCGCAUAUAAAGCAUACUACUUCACAUUCGUAUCACAACUAGGCCAUUUCCUGGGCGAGACCGACUACGUCGUGUCGCCACGCCUGCCCAACCUCCCCUCGCUGCACAACCUGUCCCUGGGGCAGGUCAACCUGCACCGCGACCGACUGCGGUCGGUCCUGGCGCUGGCCGCGGCCGGGUACGGCGCUCUGCAUGUGGUCACGACCACCGUUCCGUCGAAUUCGGAGGCGAAUCAUGAAGCGUUGUUCCCGACGGGGUUGGAAAGGGUCUUGUGGCUCGUCUCGGCGGGCGUUAUUGGCGUGUCUGGGAUCGUGCUUUGGGGCUUCUUUGCCGCACGAUACCUAAGUUCCGUCUUGAUCAAAUAG